AAAGUAAAACACACACUAUAUAAAGCCGAGCUCAAUCACAGCUUCAUCACUCAAACCACGCGAGCCUCAUCCUCCGGACCUUUUUAUUAAAUACAGCAGACUUUAAAAAAAAAAAAAAAAGGAAGAAGAAAUGGGCGUCUACUUCUCGAACCUUUUCUCGCGUCUCUUCGAGAAAAAACAGAUGAGGUUGCUUAUGGUUGGUCUGGACGCCGCAGGGAAAACAACAGUGCUCUACAAACUCAAACUCGGGGAAGUUGUCACAACUAUUCCGACUAUCGGUUUUAACGUGGAGACGGUUGAAUACAGAAACAUCUCGUUCACGGUGUGGGACGUCGGCGGUCAGGACGUCAUCAGACGCCUCUGGAGACAUUACUAUCAGAACACCAAGGGCCUGAUCUUCGUGGUGGACAGCAGCGAUCGUGACCGGAUCGAAACGGCAGCAGAGGAACUGAACGCGAUGCUGGCGGAGGACGAGAUGAGAGACGCGCUUCUGUUGGUUCUCGCUAACAAGCAGGAUUUACCCAAAGCCAUGCAGGUCCACGAGCUGACGGACAGACUGGGUUUACACGCACUGAGAGGAAGACAGUGGUUCGUUCAGGCCACGUGUGCGGUUCAAGGAUCAGGUUUAUAUGAAGGACUGGACUGGCUCUCCGAUCAACUCUCCAGACGACCAUAAAACUGGAACUUUUUGGGGGGUUUUGCGGCCUGAGACUUCGAAACGAAUACAUACUGUGAUCGAAUGUAACAGCCUCAAAAGCAUUUCGAUUUAUUAAUAUUAAAUCAAAACUGUAUGUUUAAUAUUGCGGGUUUACUUCUGAAAACAUGUUUAGUCCAUUUUUUAAAUAAGUCAAUUUUUUACUUAGUCAGGUUUUAAUUCUUGUUCUCUUUUUAAACACAUUUGUUUUGCUGACUUUGAAGGAAUAAGCUGAUGUAUGUCUGGAAAACAUACUAUAUAUUAAUGUGAUGUGAUGUGUGUGUGUGUGUGUGUGUGUGUGUGUGUGUGUGUGUGUGUGUGUGUCAAA